ACAUGACCAUUAUUUGUUUCUUUAUUGAAUUUCAUACAUUUUGGUAAUCUGGGUGACGGUUUCUUGAAUUGGGUUUUUCUCUUGUCGUUUGGAGAGAGUUCGCUUUCAUAUUCAUUCAGCUGUGAGAUUGCCUUUUAGGUUUAUGUGGUCAGCAAUUUUAGCGGUGGAAACCUAUUGAGGUAGCUUUAAUUUUGGUGUUCUGGGUUUGUUCAGUGUUCACGAGAAGCAAGUUUUGUCCCAAGAAAUAAAAUUUACAUACCAACUGUGAAAACCUUUUCUAUUGAUUGGUUUUUUUUUUUGUCCUUUUCGAGUCUGGGAGGCCUGUUUGAAGCAUUCUUUGUUUGGUAGAGAGAGAGGGUUUGAGAGUUUGUUGUGUCUUAUUGAUACGUAACCAUUCAGUUAGUUGUUGUUAAGUCUGUUAGGUAGUUCUGUUAAGUAUAGUUAACAAAUGUAUCAGGAAAUUAACAUCUGUUAAAUCAGGUUAAGUCGGUGACUAGUGAUACAAGUCGGGUGUUUUGUUUGUUGAAAGGCAGUUAUUGACAGAUUAAUAAAAUCAGUUCUUUUUUCCUUCUUUCUGGAAUUUUCUGUGUUUUCCUUCUUCCAUUCAUACGAGAGGUCUAGGUUGAAGGCUUGUAUCACUUAUUGUUUGUUGUCAUUCAUGUCGUUGCCCCGUUUUUGGCCAUGAAUCAUUCUGGGACAGAGAGAGCAGCAGCUGUGGAAGUUACUAAGGAUAAAUUUGGAGUUGAUCAGGUUUUGCUUCGAAAUCCUCGACGGGCUUCCGUGAGGGUUAGCUUGCAUGGAGGACAGAUUCGUUCAUGGAGAACUGAAAGGGGAGAAGAAUUGUUAUUUACUAGUAGUAAGGCAAAUUUAAAGCCACCAAAUCCAGUGCGAGGAGGAAUUCCUAUAUGCUUUCCACAGUUUGGAAACCGAGGAACACUAGAGCAACAUGGAUUUGCAAGGAACAGGAUUUGGGUCAUUGAUGAUAAUCCACCACCGCUGCAUCCCAAUGAAUGCAAUAGCAAAACCUUCGUAGACUUGCUUCUCAAACCAUCUGAGGAUGACCUUAAAAUUUGGCCACAUAGUUUUGAGUUCCGUCUUAGGGUGGCUCUAACAGUGGAGGGGAAUCUAACGAUGAUAUCACGUAUCAGAAAUAUUGAUUGCAAACCAUUUAGUUUUUCAAUUGCAUAUCAUACUUAUUUCUCCAUCUCUGAUAUCAGUGAAGUAAGGAUAGAAGGAUUGGAGACCCUUGACUAUCUUGACAACUUAUGUCAGAGAGAGCGCUUCACGGAACAAGGGGAUGCAUUGACUUUUGAAUCUGAGGUAGAUCGGGUUUAUCUUAGUUCUUCUGAUGCGGUUGCAGUAUUUGACCAUAAAAAGAAGAGAACAUUUGUCAUAAAAAAGGAAGGACUCCCAGAUGUUGUGGUCUGGAAUCCGUGGGAGAAGAAUGCAAAAUCUUUGGUAGAUUUUGGGGAAGAAGAGUACAAGCAGAUGCUAUGUGUUGAUGGGGCUGCGAUUGAGAAGCCAAUCACCUUGAAGCCUGGUGAAGAAUGGAAAGGCCAAUUAGAACUCGCUGUUGUGCCUUCGAGUUGAAGAAGUAGAACUCUUUCGAAUUCUACACGAAUUCUGUGAUGAUCAAAGACACAGUGCUAACUACCUAAGUUUCUCCUGGCAAGUUGCUUAAUUAUUGUUGAAUUUCCAAAACAAUAUGAAUAUAAGCAGUCCCCUCCUGAUCUGGAUGGCUAAAAUAGUGAUUUCCUGUUGGUGGAGAUUCUUGUUUUAAUGUUUCUCCAUACUAGGAAUGAGAAAUAAUGUAAAAGUGAGAACUUUUUUUCCUGCAAAAAUUGUAUAUGGAUUGUAGAGUUCCUGGUGAGAGACCAGUUCGGAUUGAAAGAUUUUAUAUUUCCUAACCUGUUAUGGUGAACUUUGGCAGACAAUACAAGCAGAAGAGAAGAAAAGCAACAAUUAGGGAUCCACCUAGUGAAUCUGAGUAUAAGCAGACUUGGGGCAGCAAAGGUUGAAUUCAAUGGAGACAUCAAAGACAGGUUUCCUAUUGUUGGAAUGUGACAGUAAAUUCACAGGUUUACAUCAGUUACAGUGAAUGAUGGUACUGAGGUCAAAAUCCAGCCACUUAUCUCUUU